AUGCAAUCGAUAUUUAUUCUUUUACUUACUUUGGGAUGUAUCAGUGUAGCCAACACGUAUCAAUGUUAUAGCUGUGAUGGUGACAGGAAAGGCGAUUGCAACGAUCCAUUCAAUAUAACUGCCAUGACCGAUAACGAUAAAAGGGAAGCACCGCCUGGCGCAGCAUGCAAAAAAACAAAACGAGAAUCAAAAGGUGGUUCAAGUGUUUUUCGUAGUAUAAAUUCAUUUGGUCCAGAAGACUGUAUUGGUGGUCAAAAUGGUUGCGAGACGAUUAGUGGAGAUGGCAUUACCGCUACUACAUGCUGUUGUACAUCUGAUCUUUGCAAUGGUGUAUCAGCAGUGCAACAAAAACCACUUAUCAUGUUACUUACCAUAAGUAUAUUAGCCAUGUUCGCAUAUCGAUGGUAUUAG